GGAGUCGGCCCAGGACGUGUGAUCACCCGGGACAUCCACCGCACGUUUCCCGCUCAUGACUACUUCAAGGACUCGGACGGGAUGGACAGGACUCGCUCUACAAGAUCUGCAAGGCAUACUCUGUUUAUGACGAGGAAAUUGGUUAUUGUCAGGGUCAGUCGUUUCUUGCUGCUGUUCUCCUUCUGCACAUGCCUGAAGAACAGGCCUUCUGUGUGCUGGUGAAAAUUAUGUAUGAGUACGGCCUCCGAGCGCUGUACAAGAACAACUUUGAAGACCUUCACUGCAAGUUCUACCAGCUGGAGAGGCUGAUGCAGGAACAGCUUCCAGACCUGUGGUCCCACUUCCAGGACCUGAACCUGGAGGCCCACAUGUACGCAUCCCAGUGGUUCCUCACCCUCUUUACCGCCAAGUUCCUCUGCAUGGUUUUCCACAUCACUGACCUGCUGCUCUGCGAGGGUCUGAACAUCAUCUUCAACGUGGCUCUGGCUUUGCUCAAGACGUCUAAAGAGGACCUUUUGCAGGCGGAUUUUGAAGGAGCUCUCAAGUUCUUCAGGGUCCAGCUUCCUAAACGCUACAGAGCUGCAGAAAACGCCCGAAGGCUUAUGGAACAGGCCUGCAACAUCAAAGUUCCAACCAAGAAACUGAAGAAGUUUGAGAAGGAAUAUCAGACGCUGAGAGAGAGUCAACUCCAACAGGAAGACCCCAUCGAUCGAUACCAGAGGGAGAACCGCCGUCUACAGGAGGCCAGUAUGAGACUGGAGCAGGAGAACGACGACCUGGCCCACGAACUGGUCACCAGUAAGAUCGCACUGCGAAACGACCUCGAUCAGGCUGAAGACAAGGCCGACGUUCUGAACAAAGAGCUGCUGAGCACCAAACAACGACUGGUGGAGACAGAGGAGGAGAAGAGGAGACAGGAGGAGGAGACGGCUCAGCUGAAGGAGGUGUUCAGAAGGGAGCUGGAGAAAGCCGAGUUGGAGAUCAAGAAAACCACAGCGAUCAUCGCUGAAUACAAACAGAUCUGCUCCCAGCUGAGCACCCGCCUGGAAAAACAGCAGGCAGCCACGAAAGAGGAGCUGGACAUCGUCAGGAGUAAAGUGAUGGGCUGUGACCACUGUAAGGACCUGUUCAGCACCCUGGGGUCCCUGCAGGCGGCGUCGCCCGGCCGGGACAAGGCGUCCAACGAGCCGCUGGACGAGGAGAAGGACGGGCUGAAGGAGCAGCUGAGGCACCUGGAGCUGGAACUGGCCCAGACCAAACUACAGCUGGUGGAGGCCAAGUGUCGCAUCCAGGAGCUCGAGCAUCAGCGUGGAGUCCUGAUGAACGAGAUCCAGGCCGCCAAGAACUCCUGGUUCAGCAAGACUCUGGGCUCCCUGAAGAGCUCCGCCUCCUCGUCCUCCAGUUCCACGUCCCAGACCCCGUCCUCACCAAAGGAGGGUCCCCCCUAGACGCCAACGCUGCCGCCCUCUCUUUCCCUGCAGGACGCACACUAGAGCUGAGGAACACGUUGGAGAAUCGCGCAGUGGACACAUGCAGUAUUCCUUUUCCCGUCAGAGUUUCGUGGCUCAGUGGACUGCAGACAAAUGAAAGGACGAGUGGAGGAACGCGGUGGCGGCCUCUGCCUGCAGCACGCCAUCAGUUCCAAUGCACUGGACCAGACACGAGUCACAUCCAAUGUUUACGUUUGAGUGAACUUAAAGGUCAACUCCACCCUGUGGCCACACGUUGAAUUCAGUCGUUUUUCUAACAGGGGUCUGGGAUACAAAACAAUAAUGACUAAUGUUAUAAUUUAUAUUGGGAUAAAUAUCAUUGCAUUAGUUAGUUUAGUUUUUUUGUUUUUUUUUAAUAAAUCUUUUUAUAGGAUUUUUGUCCACACAUGGCAAUAUCUGACAUGUACAAUGUUUCCAGGUGUUCUACUUGAAAGGUAAUAGGCAGUUGUCUUUAUACUGUGUAUAUUAAGAACAACAGUUUUAAUCUAAACCUAACCGGCUUCUAUGAAUGAACUAUAAAAAGCCAUUAUUCCUUCCUAUCCACCAUUAAGAGAAAAAACAAAACACUAAGAAAAAAAAAAUUUAA